UGUCUUAAGACGUCACAACAACAAGACUGUAAUCGUUUUACAAUAAUGUGUCUGAUGUGAAGAGAGUAAAAGGCCCGCAGGUUAAAGAAAAAGGAAGCGUAGAAGGGUGGAGAGAGGCAGAGAGGCAGAAGGAGAAGUGUCCAGGCAGACCUGCAGGUUUAACAGUUAGCGAGGUUCACUGUCCGGGCCUAAGCUACAAAUAGGAAGUCUUCUAACGAUCAAACCGGGAUUCUGCUACAUAUUUUUCUAAACUCUGGUUAACAUGAACCACCUCUUUCUGUUUCUGCUUUCGUGCGUUUUUUUAUGUGCACUAUCCUCGCUGGCAAACAGUGAAAAUCAGCGCAUCCCGGACGAUAAACUUUUAGUUUUGACUGUUGCAACCAAGGAGACAGAUGGCUUCAUGCGUUUUCUGAGGUCGGCUAAACACUUCAACUACACUGUAAAAGUUCUUGGCCGUGGCGAGGAAUGGAGGGGAGGUGAUUACAUGUCGGCUCCAGGAGGAGGUCAGAAGGUGCGCCUCCUGAAAGCUGCUCUGCUGGAGAUAAAAUCUGAGGACCAGAUCAUCCUGUUUAUUGACAGCUACGACGUGGUUUUCACCUCAGGCCCUAAAGAGCUGCUGAGGAAGUUCCAGCAGGCUAAACACAAGGUGGUAUUUUCAUCCGAGAGCCUCAUUUGGCCAGACAGACAUCUGGAAGACAAAUAUCCCCACGUCAGAGAGGGGAACAGGUUUCUGGGUUCAGGAGGCUUCAUUGGAUACAUUCCCAGCAUCAAAGAAAUGAUCGCUAACUGGACAGGAGAGGAGAAUGACAGUGACCAGCUCUUCUUCACUAAGAUUUACAUAGAUCCAGCUAAAAGGAAAACUUUAAACAUCACUCUGGACACUAAAUGCAGGUUGUUCCAGAACCUUCACGGAGCUCUCGAUGAGGUGGUGCUGAAGUUUGAAGAUAGUCGUGUUCGCGCCAGAAAUGUGCAGCAUGAUACCUUGCCUGUAGUCCUUCAUGGGAACGGCCCAACAAAGCUUCAGAUGAACUACCUGGGAAACUACAUCCCUAACAUAUGGACAUUUGAGACUGGAUGCAAUGUCUGCCAAGAGAAUCUGCGUUCACUCUCAUCCCUGAAGGAAAGUGAAUACCCUCUGGUGGUGAUUGGCAUCUUCAUCCAGCAGCCUACACCAUUUGUCACCGUCUUCUUUGAAAAUCUUCUAAAGCUCCAGUACCCAAAGAACAGGCUCAAACUCUUCAUUUUCAACCAGGAACCUCAUCACGAGCAUCAGGUUAGCUCCUUCCUGCAGGACCAUGGAAGCCUAUAUCAGGAUGUGAAAUCCAUUCGGCCUGAAGGGAAGAUGGAUGGAGCGGCUGCCCGUGACUUGGCCUUUGAUAUGUGCCGGACGGACAAGGAAUGUGAUUAUUUCUUUAACUUGGACAUUCAGGUCGUCUUAAAGAAUGAGAACACACUGAAAAUCCUUAUUGAACAAAACCUACCAAUUCUGGCACCGAUGAUAACCCGAGCGGGCCAAUUGUGGAGCAAUUUCUGGGGGGCACUCAGUGCCGAUGGUUAUUACGCCCGAUCUGAGGACUACGUGGACAUCGUCCAAGGACGAAGAGUGGGUUUGUGGAAUGUCCCGUAUGUUUCCAGUGUUUACUUGGUGAAGGCGAGCCUGCUGCAGACAGAGCUGAAAGACUACAAACUGUUCACCUCACAAAACCUAGACUCUGACAUGGCUUUCUGCCACAGCGUUCGCAACAAGGGUGUCUUCAUGUAUGUUAACAAUUUACACACAUUUGGCCGCAUCCUGUCAACAGAAAACUACAAGACAGAACACCUUCAUAAUGAUCUGUGGCAGAUCUUUGAAAACCCGCUGGACUGGCAGGAGCGCUACAUUCAUGAGAAUUACACCCGUGUGAUAAAGGACGAGCUCAUUGAAAAUCCAUGUCCAGAUGUUUACUGGUUCCCAGUGUUUACGGAUGUUGCUUGUAACCAUCUUAUUGAAGAAAUGGAACACUUUGGCAAGUGGUCAGGAGGUGGCAACGUGGAUACCAGAAUCCAGGGAGGCUACGAGAAUGUUCCCACCAUCGAUAUCCACAUGAACCAGAUUGAUUAUGAAAAGGAAUGGCAAAGGUUCUUACUGGAGUAUGUUGCACCAAUAACAGAGAAAAUGUUCCCUGGGUAUUACACGAAGGCUCAGUUUGACUUGGCCUUUGUAGUUAGAUAUAAGCCAGACGAGCAGCCCUUUCUGAAGCCACACCAUGAUGCCUCUACAUUCACUAUAAACAUUGCACUCAAUCAAGUCGGCACUGAUUACCAGGGUGGUGGGUGCCGCUUCCUCAGAUACGACUGCUCCAUCCAGGCCCCUCGGAAAGGCUGGGCCCUCAUGCACCCUGGCCGCCUCACCCACUACCACGAAGGUCUGCCGACCACUGCUGGAGUCCGCUACAUCGUAGUGUCCUUUGUGGAUCCUUGAACUUCAGGAUUACAUAUCCCAGACUAAAUGAGUCACUGUGGCCCCCAGAAUCAACAUUUCUAUCAUUGAAAAUUUUUUACUCCAUCUCCUUUUCAGAAACUUUGGUAAUUAAACAUUUAUUGAGCUCCACGUUGGCUCUAAGCCUCAGUUCAUCACAAUAUCAUGAUGAUUAUGAUUUAACAUAUGUAAGAUCACAGCUUACUGGGAACUUUUACAUGAUGGGAUUUAAAUGCAGUUCUAAAGGCUUUUCUUCAACACAUCAUGCUUUAUUUGAUGCAGUUUUGCUAGUUUUUUCCUGUACACCUGUAUGAAAUCAGCCUUUACUUUGGUUCCUACAUGUUUUUGAAUGCACCAUAAGGACAAAAUUGGGUUACUUUGGAAGUUGGAAUGACAGUUCACCUUAGUCCCAAAACUAAACAGAAAACAGAGAACCCAGACAUGCACAGGGAGAACACGGGAACUCUAUCCAUAAAGACCCCAGGGUGGGAUGUUCUGACUUGUUAACUGGAACUCAUAAAGUGAUGUCAUUCCCAGUUCUUUCUCCAACUAACAAAUUAAAUGGAACAAACAUUAUCAUUGGUGCAUUGCAUCAUGGGAGUUUUAGGCUGCUGUGAUUUAGGAGAUUUUGGGAGUUUAGAAUCAGUGAUUAGAUCCAAUUUGUUGACUUUUAACUCAAGCUUCUCUAAGAUUCUCCAGGGACCACUGAUGCUCCACUUUCAUGUCCAUGUAACUAAAUAUUCUGUUAUCUUUCAUUGUUAAGGUCUUACUACUCAACCUUUGUCCCAGUUAGGUGUUUCUGUUCUCCUUUUAUAUUCAGCAUAUACUGCUGCAUUCAUUUUUAAACCAAAAAGCUUGCAGCAGGAUCUGAAGUAAAGUUCUGCUCCUUUUAGGUCUUGAGUUUAUGGAUCAGAGUCAGAUUCUCUCAGGAGAAAGCCUUUGUUAUUUUUCUUUUUUUUUAGAUGCAUUUAGUUUGAUGUUCAGCUUUGUGUGAAACUGUGACUUCUUAUGUCACCAGUGUCCUUUUCUGUAUCCAAAGCAGUUUUAUUUAGAACUGAAACGCUACAAACUCAGUUUAUUUAUUUUAUUAUAUGUCAGAUUUAAGACCUGGACUACCUGGUUUUCAGUAGAACUGUCUCAUUGGAGAACUUAGGUUUGGAAUCAUUUCAAACAUUGUUGGUCUCGUGUAAGACGCUUAUGAAAGUGGAACAAUAAAAACAGCCAUUUGUUUCA